AAGCUAAGCCAUCACUCACCGACAAAGUAACACCGGCCAUAAAUCCAUAACUAUAGCCGACAAGUCAAUAGAGUAGAACCCAUAACUAAAAGAAGCGAAGCAAAAACGGAAAAGAGGCCAUGGAAAAUAAUGGUUGGAGCUUACUUACUCAAAAUGCAUGGGAUAUGUGGGCUCUUAGUUGUGGCUCAUCAAUCGGUGUAAUUGGGUCCGAUCCGGACCCACUCGUGGUUCCGUUGAACCUCAACGCCGCCGCGCAUCAGGGCGGCGGUGUUGUCAAGAGAAGCAAGUCCGGCGGCGGCGGCGGAGGAGAGGCGAGGUGUCAGGUGGAAGGAUGCAAGGUUGGAUUGGAGAAUGCGAAGGGAUACCAUAGGAAGCACAAGGUGUGCGAAAUGCACGCCAAGGCUCCUAAAGUCCUGCUACUUGGUCAUCAACAACGCUUCUGUCAACAGUGUAGCAGGUUUCAUGCUGUGUCGGAAUUUGAUGAGACAAAGAGGAGUUGCAGGAGGAGAUUAGCAGGGCACAAUGAAAGAAGAAGGAAGAACUCUCAACAUUCUUCUACUACAACCAAAAGCCCAUGCCAUGAUUAUAAGGUGAUGAUGGAGGCUAGAAGAUAUGAGGAUAAUAAAGGUGCUCAGUCUCUUCUGUCAACCAAAAACGAUUUCUUGGUAUCAGCUGCCGCCGAUCUCCCUGCUGCUAGAUGCAAUGCUGCUUUUUACGAUCUGAUCGGUGAGAGCAGAGCUGCCAUUUUAGGUAGUAGGCAUACCAUACUGCAGCCUACACACUCAAUAGGGGAUUUUGGUAUGAUUUUGGAGGAAGCCAAGCCUAUGUCGAGAAGAGACGGUGAAGAGAGGGAUUAUUUGAGUGCAUACUGUAAGAAUCUUGAUUUUUGACAGUGAAUUGAACCCACGCAGCACAACAGCAAUGCCAUUUGUUGCGCGUGAGGCGCAACACCAGAGGCGUUAAUCUAUAGGCCUUUUUUCAGAUUUUUUUUUUUUUUAUUUAACUUCCUGUCAUCUUUUUUUUUUUUUUUUUUUAAUUAUACAUGCAAAAACCUCUCAAAAAUUAUAACCAUUAGAGAUGCUCUUAACAAACCCUAUUGGUGACUUCCAAUUCACAUAGCAUCUGGAUGGUGGAUAUUCUGAUGAUGAGCUUUAUUUCUGUUGCGUUUUUCUU